AUGCAGCAUCACCUGCCCUCAAGCUGUCAUGGUUAUGCUUCUCCUGAUGAUGCAUAUGUGCUACAAGAGCUGCAGUCAUGUCACCCACAGCAUGCUCUGCCUCAAUGGUCAGAUGACAUACCAUCUUUACUAGUUGUUGAUUUCCAAGCAGUCCUAUCGGCUUUGGAAGGUUUCUCUAGACGAACUAGCCCAGGCUAUUCUCAGCUUCGUGCUCAACAUCCUUUAGAUGUCAUAAAAGGAGCUUGCACACCUGAUGCUCAGUUGUGUUGUGACAAUCUUACUCAUUGGAUGUCAAAGUUGUUGGCUGGGAAGAGUGAUCCUAGAAUAGCACCUUGGUUGUCUGGUGCAUCACUCACUGCUCUCAUAAAAAAGACAGGAGGUUAUUGCCCAAUUGCUAUAGGAGAAGUUCUUUGUCGUCUCGCAAGUAGGAUAUGUUGUGCUUCCAUCAGAGAUCGUUUUCCAGAUGUUUUUGUGCCUUACGGCCAAGUAGGUGUUGGCCUCAAAGGUGGUUUGGAAGCAGCUAUCCACUCCAUGCUUUCUUUCAUUGAUGCCACCUCUGCCAGAGAAGACUUUUGCUGUAUAGAUAUGACUAAUGCGUUUAAUGAGUGCUCCAGAUCGGCUUUUCUUGAAUGCUUACGGAGAGAAUUUCCACAGUUGUUUGCUAGGGCUCGGUGGUCAUACCACUCACUUGAUGAUGGCUCUUUCGAUAGUAAUAGAGAAUCAAUAUCAUCUCUAUUACAAAGUGGCAAAAGCUGUCAGACUGUUUGCAAAGUCAAUCAUAUUUUACAAACUGUUGUUCCGGCCAUGUUGUUGGAACAAUUACAUCGCUUUGAUCAAGGAUAUGGCAUGGAUGCAAUGACAUUACCUAUUAGACUUGGUGGACGUGGUCUGAGAGAAGCAGUCCAGUUUGCACCAGCUGCUUACGCAAGGAGUUGCAAUUCUACUCGUAAGAUGGAUUUUGAUCUGGAAGUUGACAAGGACAUUCUUGACAUGCCACCAUCUUGGGUUGAGCAAUUGGAUAUAUUUCGUAGAGACAUACAAUCACGUUGUCCUGGUGGUAAGAAGAUAACAUUAUACAAGAAAGCCAAGCUCGAGAAGUUUGCAGAAUAUCUAAACACUGAUGGCAUGACAUGCUCACUAACUGUGUACAAAGACUAUCAUUUAAAAGAUGUUGUGGAAGUACAUCAAUGGUUUAGUCAUCGAGAAGACAAGCUUGUAUUUAGACAAAUAGAAAAGCAAACCAACACUGUUAUAGAGCAAUUUGGUCCAGGUCGACCUCAGUUCUUGAAAGAACACAAAUACUGUAUGGACAGCAAUGGUUCCUAUACUACUCGGACAAUGACUUUUUAUAGCAAAGUACGUGCAGAUGGUUUGGAGACAAGAGUGAACACAGCAACUGAACUUACUGAACAGUACAUCGAUAGACCUGACUUCCUUUGCUCUUUUUCUGUGGAGUUUGGGCAGGGUCUAUCUGGUGGCAAUUACUCGGAAGCACCUAUCGUAAAAAUGACUGAGAGAUACCUUCGGAAUCUGGACAAGCCAGCAUCAGAAGAUGUUGCUGAAAAAGUGUUUAAUGUGGCUGAUGACAAAUACCAUCUGACAUACCAUCUGGAUGAUGAGAAGAUUGCAGCUAAUAGGAGAGACUUGGCUAAACCUAGCGCUAUGUGCACGGCUAAGGAAGGAGUUGUUGUAUCACUUACCCCAGAUAUGAUACGUUCCUUUCAGGUUGAUAGAGAUGCCAGGGAUCCAAAACUACUUCAAUUGUAUGAUGACUUGACAGAGCUGAUGGCAACUGAAGAGCAACGGAUAGCAUAUGUUCAACGUGUCAAAAAGGAAGUAACAGAUAUCAUUGAAGCUCGAAAAAUUGAGGCUCAACUGAAUAAUCUGCAUGUGUCUAUCUACGACACAACACGAAAUGAUAGUGCUAAAGUUACAAGACUAGAAGUGGAAAGAAAGCAGCUAGAGGAAGAGCAGGCUCGGAAGGAAAUGCAGAUGGAUUACUUGGCACCAUUUUUGGCUCAGGUUGGUGACCCUGAGAUAAUGACACGGGAGUUGUCAGUCAAGAUUAGAGACAAUUGUCUGCAUGAUCUGAAGCAACGGCUUAUCGAUAUUGCAAACGUUAUUCAAAGCCGUUUUGAGAAGGAAACUCAAGAGCUUCAGAGGCAGCAGGCAUGGUAUCAACAAAAUCAGACGACGUUGAAUAAAGAGCAAGAGGAAGACUACUUGUCCUUCUGCAGUGAGGCUAUGUUUCGUAUCCACAUUUUAGAAGAGAGGCUAAACAGACAUAAGACUGAAGCACCAGAAAAGUACAAGGCGAUGGAAAGAAAGCUUGCAGAAGAGCCCAGACUUCAGGUCAACAAUACCACAGCAAAGUAGAAAUUUGUAACCGCUUGAUGGAAGGAUUAUGUUUGUAUUUGUCAGUACAGUACAAACUAAAUUA